GACAAGCGCUCAGUGAGAACUCGUGGCUUAUAAGUAGAUGCAGUGCGAGCGCUGCAUAGUGCUUAGGCUUAUACAGUAAAAUUGUCUCUCAUAUUUGCGUACUAUUUUCUUUCAUAGUGUGAAAUAUAUGAUAGUGAUUUUAUUUCCAGUUGACGUGACUUUUCAUUUGAACUGAUUUUAAAUGUGAUUUAGGAAUAUUUUAAUUCCUAUUUAAAAUUGUUGUUUUUGAGUUUUUUUCAUUAGAACUCUAAAAUGUUGGAUUGCGUACUUUUUUGUGUAUUUUGUACAUGGAUUUAACAGAAUGCUUCAUUCAAACUCUUCCUAUUAUUUAAUGACAUGGUUUACGACCAUGGUGGUAUUUUUGGUAUUGCUGUUCCUCGAUUCCGUCGAAUCUUUGUCAGUGAAAGAUGCUGGAAUUGAAACGAACACUAUAGUUUUGAAAAAGAUAAAUGAACCUUUAGACUGGGAACAUCGAGAAGAGGACGAUGCCUAUUUUCCUGUUGUAGAUAACGGACUUUUUGAAAUACAGUCCCGUGUUGCAUUCUCUACGGAAGCACCAGUUUUACCGCCUUCCGAGGGAUCGAAAACGAGGUCAAAGAGGGAUUCUUCGGCUGAAAAAAAGAUUCGAAGAACGAAAAAAUUUAAAAAAUCUAGAAAGAACAAAGGAAAGAAAAACAAAGGAAAGAAAAACAAGAGGAAAAACAGGAAGCAAAACAAGAAACAUCGGCAUAACCAUGGGAUUAGUAAAAGCAGGAGAAGACGUUCUAAUAGAAUGGGGUCAUUGGGAUCAAGUGAUAACUAUGAUCCACACCCGUUGAGUGUUUGUGAUAGUGUUAGUGACUGGGUCCAACUUAAUGAAUCCACAACUCAAUUCGGGCUCCAGGUCCAAGUUCUGUCUCAUCGAUGGUCUAAUCGCCAAAGAUUAAAACAAUUCAUAUAUGAAACCAAGUGUGCGAAUGAAGGUGAGGCUUGUCGUGGGAUUGACACGGACAACUACAGGUCUGAAUGUGUGACCAAAAAAAUCUAUAUUGACGCUUUUGUACGCGAUGAACAUGGCGAAGAAAUGUGGACCAAAAUUGAAGUGAAUGGGUCAUGCAAUUGUAAACUGUAUAGAAAACAACAAGUUGGUGGACGAACGUCGAUUUUCGAUAUUCUGAGAGGAAAUUGAAGUGAUUGUCUAGUCUAUAUUUUAUAUAAUUCACAAUGAUUGGAAUUGACAAUACUAGUAUUUGUCAUUUCGGGGUUUUUUUGGUGUCAAUUUUUUUUCUUUAUGAUUAUCACGUGCACUAUUCCAGUUGAAAUUUUAUGAACGUGUUCAACAAUUUGUUGUAUUUGCGGGUGAUGUUAGUUUCCACUUUUUAUCCUUUGAUUGGUAAAGUUUUUUGGAACAAAGGAGAAACUAACAUGUUAACCCCGGACAAUCCAUUUCCUUGCCAAAAUAUUUAUUGUUGACACUUUGUUGUUUAACUUAACAUCAGCUGCUUUUUUGUCCCGUAACCUGAAAGUAAAAUCAUAGUUUGUUUCUCAUAUAAAGUCACCCAUAUCAUUAAUAUGCAUCCAGAAGUUUUGCUGUUGUUUUUUUUUUUUUUGGUUUUAUUUGAUUGUUGUAAUUAGAUAGUGUAUUUUGUAUAGUUGUUAUCAAUAUUUUUGUUUUAAUUUUCUGUGAGAAAAUACAUGUAUUUUACGUAUUUGAAAAUUAUUUGCCAAAACAGGAUGUUUGUCUGCCUGUGCUUUUUCCUUUUUAAUUUGUUUGGUUUAUUUUGCUAUUGUGAAGAACGGCUAUAGGUCUUGUAGGUUUUGUAUCGUUUUGUUUUGAAGUCUUUUGCUUCCUUUUUUGUCACCAAAGAUGACUUAUUGUGAUACUUGUACAUUGUGUAUAUAUGUUCCACUUUUUGAUGGAAUGUUUUGUAGCCUCUUUGAAUUUGUAUGUUGUUGCUCUAUUGGUAUUGUUUGCCGAAUUAAGAGAACCACUACUGCAAACUAGUUAGCAGUAAUUGAUUGUAUCUUAAUUUCAUUUCGAUUUAAUUUUCGUUGACUUAACCAAUAGUGUAAAGAAUACAUGCUUUUACCAAAGAUAUUUUUAUGAUACAUUGGCUUUUUUUUUUUGAAAGACUGUAUUUUGUGCAAGUAAUAACUUGAAAUGAUUUAGCUUUGGAUGUUUUGUGUGACGUAGAUUUGGACACAAAACGUAACUACGUGAUCUCAUAUAGGUUUUUAUCAUGUUUGAAUCUACAAACAACCCAUCAUUAUGCCGUUUUUUUUUAUUUGUAGCAUCCAUGUUCAUAUUUUUUUUCAAAACGAUUUUUAUUGACCGAUUGCAUUAUAUUGUAAAGAAAACUGAUUGGAACAUUAAUGUAUGGAGUUUGGAGCUCAAUUUUUCGUUUAAAAUAACCAAGUGGUUAAAAAGUUUUUAUCCUUCACUUGGAAAUACAAUUAAAAUUCAUAAAUUCAAAUGGUAUAUUAUGAUAAUAACAACACAAAAAGAAUUAUUGUUCAGAUUUACCACGAGCAAAUUGUAUUAAUUCUUAAAUACAACUUUUUAUUAUCAAAAUCUGCAUCAGGUGACAUUUUCAAGAAAUUUUUCUUACAAUAAUUUCAGUAUGUUAACCAAAGCUUCUUGACAACUUUGUCAUUCUGAUGAUCUGAAUUAAAAAAAAAAAUUUCUACGAGGCGAAAAUAGAUUAUAGUAAUAAAGGUGUCUUUGUGGCACAUAUAUAUUAUAUGGCAAAUAUUCAUUAGUCCAGAACGUGGAAUGACCUUUUUCAACUACUUUUUAAGCAAUUGUCAGUACGAUUUAUAAGUUUUGGAAGAUUGUAAAACGAGCAUUAACUCUUCUCAGAACCCUAGCCUUUUUUUCAACAAAUCUCAAGAAACGUGCCUUAAUGUAUCUAUGAGAAUUGAGGUUUUAUUUGUUUUGUUCAAAUCGCCUUUGUUCAUCCAAGUGCUACAAUUAUUGAAAUACUAAGAGACUUACAAAGGCUUUUUAUGUAAACGAGGUGCUAAAAUAGUUAGCUGCUAGUCUCUUUACAUGUGGGACCAUGCCGUUUUACUAGUUUGUGAUUGUCACUUGUUAUUUGUAAGUAUUUGUUAAUUUAUUUGAGAAGCCAUCCACUAUAUUUUGUGAUUUUAUAAAUGAUAAUAAAAUAAUUUAUUUAUUAUGUAAAA